AUGCGGUCCAAAAUCAGCUUUGUACCUGCGUUGGCGGCGCUGCUGGCGUUGUCGUAUCAUCCAUGCACCGCUCUCCCCUCCCAGGCCGACAUCGCUUCCUCACUCCUUCCUCGCUCUCCCGCCGCCACGGGGAUCAACUCGAACACCACAGCCGACUGCACCAAUUGCACCAACCUCGGCAAUUUUGUCGAUCCUCUUCCCACCUCACCCUCCGACCCUAUCGUCCACGUCCUGAACGGUUCCUACGCCGGGCUCACCCUCGCCCCCAUCAACGCCUCAUCCACGCUCUCCAACUUCGGCACCGCUCACGCGCAGCACGCGUUCCUGGGCAUACCGUACGCCGCACAACCCGUGGGCGAUCUGCGCUUCCGCCGCCCGAAGCCGCUGAGCUCGAGCUGGAGCGACGUGCGCCCCGCAAAGCGCUACUCGGAGCACUGUUUCGGAGUCGGGGCGGACAAUGACUACGCGCCGCCUUACGUCACUUACAAGCUGGGUGAGCGGUGUUUGACGUUAAAUGUGGUUCGACCUGCCAAUGUGUCCGAGGGUGCAAAGCUGCCCGUGUGGGUGUGGAUCCACGGUGGCGGGUUCAGCUAUGGCGGCUCGGGCGACCGACGCUACAACGGCAGCUUCAUCGUCGACAAAGCCCUCGAGCUCGGUCAGCCGCUGGUGUUCGUCAGCUUAAACUACCGCACAAACGUGCUCGGAUUUCCCGUGGGUGACGAAGCGAAGCAGGCGCGCGUGCAGAACCUGGGCCUGUACGACCAGCGCCUCGCUCUGCACUGGAUCCGCGAAAACAUCGACGCGUUCGGAGGCGACCGGGACAAGGUAUCGAUCCUCGGCGAGUCGGCCGGUGGCGCAAGCAUGCUGCUCCACCUUGCCGCGUUCGGGGGCCGAGACGAUCAUCUCUUCAGGUCUGUAGCCGUGCAAAGUGGGUACUGGGCCACGCAGCUCGAGACGGCCAACAACACGAAGCGGUGGAACCAGCUGUGGGGCUCGCUUGCUGAGUAUGCUAACUGCAGUAGUGGGGGCGGAACGGGCACGCUCGAUUGCCUGCGCAGUGUGCCGCUGGAAACGAUCAAGCAGUGGAGCGUGCAGAACAACCAGAGCGUCAGCAAGUUCAACCCGGUCGUAGACAGCGAUCUGGUACAAGAGGAUCUGCAGCAAUCGUUUUUGAAGGGCAACUUUGUGACAGGGACGACUGUGCUGCUGAACAACAACCUGGACGAAGGCAUCUCGUUUGGAGUACGCGGUGUCAACAAUACGCAGGAUAUCGUGGCGGCCUUGGAAGCGUCGCAGGCGUUACCGGACGGGUGGUCGAGUGGCGACUCGCGUGCGGAUCUAGCCGCCAUCUACGCAGACAACGAAGACAUUUACCCGCCCUUCCAAGCGGGUCCUGGCUUGCUACCGCCGAUGAAUGGGGUGUUGGGCAUGAACGAUCGACGGUCGUGCGCGAUCUUUGGUGAUCUGCGCUUCGUGGGGCCCAGAAGACAGGCUGCCGAGCUGUUGGCCUGUCGCAGUUCGCAACCGGUGUACGUAUCGCGGUUCGACCAGCUAACGUACAAGUCGACUAUGGCGAACGGUGCGCAGCAUUUCCAGGAGGUCAGCUCGGUUUUUCGGAACCCGCUCGAUACGCAGAAUGCCCUGGGACCGUUGACAAAGGACAAGCAGCUGGCAGAGGAGAUGUCGAGCUACUGGAUCAGCUUUGUUGCCAGUGGUGAUCCGAACAAGGCGAAUGAGCAAGGGAGGAUGGGGGAUCAGCUGCUACACUGGCCGAGGUAUCAGCCGGACGAAGGGAGGCAGAGUGUAGUGUGGAGACGGGAUGGGCUCGGGCGGAAGAGUGGCAUUGUGAAGGACGAUUAUCGACAGGAGGGCAUUGAGCUGUUGAUGGCGCUAAGGAGUGGGGAUUAUGAUCACGGACAGUUCCAAGCCGCAUCAUCGUCGAACAAGCGGGAUGAGUUGUAG